CCUGUUCCUGAGUUGCUAGUAAUGGCAAGUUAUUCCAGUAUGGCGAGGUGCUGGUCAUCCUGGGGCAAGUACUCCUUGGCCCAAAACGUCAAGUUCCAGAAGGGUGACCACAUUCUUCAGUCCCUCGUCCCCGUGCCCUACGCCCCACUGCCCCCUAGCCAUGUAUUCUUCGCCGUAUCCGAUAAUCAGAUCCUCCACAUCGAACAAAGCAAGGAGUUCCCUGACAAGACGACUCCGUACCCCGUUGACUUGAAGGCGCUGAGAACGCUGACGAAGAAUCGUGGGACGCGAGUGGUGAAGCCGGGCCCGAGGUACCGCCCUUGGGUCAUGGACAAGGGUGCGGUGAUCGCGACGAGGAUGAUGUGGGCGGAACUCCCGUACAACAAAUUAACCUGUAACUGCAACCACUACGCCGACUAUUUGACCUACGGCCGGACGUUCGGGGCCAAGUGGAAGGUCUGGUACCAACCCAUGAGCAAAGAGUGCCCCCUAUACACUCCCCUGGAUGGAGACAUUAAUCCGGGCAAAGUCCCCAUUUUGGAUGGAUACGGCAAUGACAUGGAGCUCGUUGAACUAUUCGAGAUGGUGGAUCCUAAAUCGGGGCUCACUCGCUGGGUAAUGAAGUUGGAGUAGCCUCGGGUUGAGAAGAUGGAGCCUUGAGACGGAAUCACAGAUAAUAUCGGCAACAUUUUCCAAUAAGGAACCACUAUUUCUGGC